CACUCACGACUCGUGCGGACUCUCCGACACACCACGACAUCAGCCUUGACUCGACUCAAGACUCUAUACCUUUCUAAAGCGCUGAGCCCCUCACGCGUCAGCUCAUCUCGGUGCGGCCGAUCACAUCAGCCCCUUCCGUUGCGCCUGCCAUUCGACGGAGCCACGCCGAUUAGCGCAUCAGCCGCGCUCCUCUCAGUGCACAAUACAUCACGACCGACAGCGUUUCAGCUUCAUCACACCAUCUCCUUGCCGCUCACGAUGUCUUCGUUCUUUGGACUGAGCAAGACGCGCACUUUCAAGCCCAAGCGCAAUGUGCCCGAGGGUACCAAGCAGUACCAGCUCAAGCGCUAUGCCGAGGCUACUUUGGGUAGUGGAAACUUGAGACAGGCGGUGGUUUUGCCAGAGGGAGAGGAUCUGGAUGAGUGGCUGGCGGUCAACACUGGCGACUUUUUCAACCAUCUCAACAUGCUGUACGGGACCAUCACCGAGUUCUGCACACCCCACGAAUGCCCCAGCAUGACCGCAGGUCCUCGCUACGAGUAUCACUGGCAGGAUGCCAACUCUGCAGCUUACAAGCGACCCACUCGCAUGAGCGCACCAGAGUACGUCGAUUGCCUCAUGACUUGGACUCAGAACCUGCUCGACGACGAAGAAGUCUUCCCUUCCAAGCUCGGUGUGCCGUUUCCCGACAACUUUCAAGCUACUGUCAAGGGAAUUUUGAGGCGCCUCUUUAGAGUGUAUGCGCACAUUUACAACCACCACUUUGCCCAGAUUUGCGCAUUGUCCAUCGAAGCGCACCUCAACACCUCCUACCGUCACUUUUUGCUCUUCGUCACCGAGUUCAACCUCAUCGAGAGUCGCGAGCUGGCACCAUUGCAAGAGCUCAACGAGGCCAUCCUCGAGGACUCGUAGAUGGCGCGACCUGCGCGCUCGGAGCUUGCCACCGCGUCAAUUCGCUACGACGCACGGCACGCACUUGAUUUCAUCUGCCAUCUGCUAUCGGGCCUCGCCCGCUGUACCCACUGACGACGCUUUAUGACCAGAUAAUGAUCGGCCUCUUGUCCCAAUGUGAUUUCUCUGCAGACGCGUGCCGACGGCGGACCGCCAAAGUAAUCGCAAACAACGCAUGCGAUCCUUGAAGGUGAUGGAUGAAACAUUCUAGCAUGUGUGGCUCGUGGAGAAAACAUGAAAAGUGCGGAGCCGAGACUAUAGUGACAAACGAGUACGGAAUUCUAAAAGU